UUGAUUCGGACUAGUAAAAUACGUUUUUUUAGUUUUUUUUUUUCAUUCUGUUCAGAAUUAAUGACUCACCAAUAGAAUUAUAAUUUUAAUUGUUUUUAGAAUUUUGAAAAUAUUUUUAAAAUAAAAUGUAUAAUAAAUUUAUUAUAAUAUCAUUUUUAUUAAUAAAUUUUGGAUAUAAAAUAUGUGCACAAGGAGCAAAUACGAAUAAUUUCGGACCAUGUGAAGAUGCAAAAGGAAAAACUGGUUUUUGUACAUUUGCCGAAAAUUGUCAGAGAAUAAAAGAUUUAUUAGAUAAAAUAGAAGGUGGAUCACUUACACAAGAUGAAGUAGCUUACAUUAAUGGCAGUUCAUGUGGCAUUAUAAAUAAAUCACCAAUUAUUUGUUGUGUAGAAUUAAUUGCGAGAAUAGAUAAUGAACCUAACCUGACGCCAUCAACAAUAUUUAAACCUAUUGAAAGUUUACCAGGUUUAGAGAAUUGCCCUGUUACAUCUACUCCAAAACUUUUUGGUGCUACUGACACUAAAAUUGGUGAAUUUCCUUUCAUGGCUGUAUUAUUAUAUUCUAUAAAUAACAGAAAAGCUGAUGGAAAAUGUGCUGGAAGUUUAAUAACUGAAAGACAUGUUUUAACUGCUGCACAUUGUUGUAAACAUCCAAAAUUAGGAAAAAGAAAAGUAACUGGAGUCCGUUUAGGGGAAUGGGAUGUUACAACCGAUCCAGAUUGUAAAGAUGGAUUAUGUGCUGAUCCUCAUCAAGAUUUCGAAGUCAAAGACAUUAUUAUACAUGAAGAUUAUGAUCAGGUGACUGUCGUGAAUGAUAUAGCUUUACUUAAACUGUCCACAGAUGUAAAAUUCUCCGAUUUUAUUAAAAUAAUUUGUCUACCAACUGAUCCUGAACUGGCAAAUGAUAAUUUAGUUGAUGUUGUUCUAGAUGUUUCCGGUUGGGGUUUAACUGAAAAUGGUGUAUAUAGUAAUAAGAAAUUAAAAGUUGGUUUACCAGUAGUUUCAUUAGAAGAAUGCAAUAAAGUUUUUAAAGCCGAGUAUAGAAGUAUCACAGAUUCACAGAUCUGUGCGGGUGGCAUAGCACAAAAGGAUUCAUGUACCGGUGAUUCCGGUGGCCCUCUAGUUGGAAUUGAUGUUCGAAGUAAAGCCCAACAUUAUAACUAUUUAGUUGGUAUUGUAUCUUAUGGUAUAGGAUGUGGAAAGGAAAAUAUACCAGGAGUAUAUACGCGUGUUGGAGCUUAUAUUGGUUGGAUAACAAAUAAAAUAAAAUUGUAGUAUUUUUAUUUUGCUUUUACUUUCCUGUAUUUUAUAUGUUAUACGUAUGUUUGUGUGUUUAAAUAUAAUAAAAUUUGAUAAUAUGUGAAA